GGCGAGGGUCCCGCGAUUCCUUGCUUUGACCGCGCUCCCGCCUGAAACGCUAGCGCUUUUUCUCCUUGGAGCCGCUGAGCCGGGAGCCCCGGGGCCGGCGGCGAGAUGACUGACCGCUACACCAUCCACAGUCAGCUGGAACACCUGCAGUCCAAGUACAUCGGCACGGGCCACGCCGACACGACCAAGUGGGAGUGGCUGGUGAACCAGCACCGGGAUUCGUACUGCUCCUACAUGGGCCACUUCGACCUCCUCAACUACUUCGCCAUCGCGGAGAACGAGAGCAAAGCCCGGGUCCGCUUCAACCUGAUGGAGAAGAUGCUGCAGCCUUGCGGCCCGCCCGCCGACAAGCCCGAGGAGAACUGAGACGCCGCCGCUCGCCGCCGGGCAGGGUCGCCCCGCCCGGGCUGCCUUCCCGCGUCCCCUUCGGAGCACAGCCCUGCGAGACCGUCAGGAACUGGAGGACUGUGGAGCCAUCCUCGAGCCGGCAAGCCGUGGACGGGACUGGGGGGCUCAAUUUGGGGUUAACUUGAUUGCCAUUUGCUUUCCCCAUAAAGUAAAAGUUGAGAAAUAGA